AUGAGAAAGCUUAGAAGCUUAUGGUGUUCACAUAAGAAGUAUUGCACCACCAUUACACCUUUGCGAAGCUACACCCCACUGAGCGGCUAUCCGAACAGUCGGGCCUCUUACGACUUAGAUCGCACGUACUACACGUCCACCCCUAACACUUAUAGGCAAGAACUGGCCACUCUGCAGCGUCAAGUAAACGGCCUGACGCUCACAUUGCAGACACCACAUACACCUAAUACUUAUCAAGCACAUCCCCCGCACACAACCCCAUCAGACAGAAAUAUUGCACAUUCCCCGUCCAAUAACGGACGCGACUAUCCCAGAAGUGAGCCCCCCGGACACCCCACAGACGAACCGGUCGGACCUAUCACAGCACUCCCAGCUAUCAAACGAGACGAUCCCUACGAAACUGCUCGAGUAACUGAAGCCAAUGUAGAACCUGACAAAGAAACGGACAAUUUUGUCGAUGAAGAAGAAACCACCUCAGAAGAAACUCGCAACGUAAAAGAUUAUGAAGAUUUAGAAUAUCCUCAAAAAGAAGAAUCGGAACACGAGCCUGAAACUAAAAUCAAACAGGAUGCUGGUAAACCAAUGGAAGUUGAGCAAACAUUGGAAUAUGAUACCCAAAAUUAUCCAUACAAUCAGAAUUAUGAGCAGACACAAGAAACUGUAGACCCACAAUAUCAGAAUCAGUAUGAUCAAAAUUAUGAACAACCGUAUACUGAGCAACAACAAUAUGAAAAUUUCGAGCAGUAUCCGCAACAGUUUACUGAUCCAAAUACACAGUAUGACCCGGCCUACGAAAAUUAUCAAACAGAUUCCAAUUAUCAAGGUGAUCAGAAUUAUGAUGUGUCGCAAUAUGGACAAGAAUAUCAAAUUGAUCAGAAUGCAGAAAAUUAUAAUAAAUCACAUAACGAAAAUCAUGAUCUACAGAAACAAGAUGAUCCAAAUACAGAAACGAUACAAAAAGAGAAAGGUUUUGAACAAAAUGGUAGCAGCAGAGCACAAAUCGAUAAUAAUCCUAGUCAAAGUUAG